AUGGCAGGGUACUUUAUCAAAGAGAGUGCAACUUUGACCAGAGAUGUGCUCGAGCAACACUUUAAUGAUUUAAAAGGGACCCUAAAGAAGCUGCUGGAUGAGCGACUGGUGUCACUGCUGCAGGAAGUAGAUACUAUAGAGCAAGAGAGCAUCAAACCACUGGAUGAAUGCCAGAAGCUAAUAGAGCACGGAGUCAGCACAGCUGAUGAGCUGCUCCGCGAAGGAGAGAGUGCAGUCCAUGGAGAUGUGGGACAAGAGAAUGAGAAACUAUGCAGCUUUACAAAAAAAGCUUUACAUAUUCAGCUAGAUAGCUUACCAGAAGUUCCCUCCUUGGUCGAUGUGCCUUGUUUAUCCGCCCAGCUGGAUGACUGCCUCCUCACUAUACUGAAAAAUCAGAUAUUCCGACAUGGGACUGUAGCAUCCCGCCCACCUGUACAGUUAGAGGAAUUCGUUGAGAAGCCUGGAGGUAUAUUAGUCCGAUGGUGUAAGGUGGACGAUGACUUCGUCCCACAAGAUUACAGACUGCAGUAUAGGAAGAGCACUGCCAGCCACUUUGAAGACGUGUACGUGGGCUCGGAGACGGAGUUCAUAGUGCUGCACAUCGAUCCCAACGUGGAUUACCAGUUCAGAGUGUGCGCGCGCGGAGACGGGCGGCAGGAGUGGAGCCCGUGGAGCGUUCCGCAGAUCGGCCACACCACCCUCGUUCCCCACGAAUGGACAACCGGAUUGGAGGGCUACAGUUUGAGCAGUCGAAGAAACAUAGCGCUUCGGAAUGACUCCCAGUCCUGCGGCGUGCUCUACUCCAAAGCUCCUACCUACUUCUGUGGGCAGACGUUGACGUUCAGAAUUGAAACGGUGGGGCAGCCAGACCGCCGAGACAGCCUCGGGGUGUGCGUGGAGCAGCAGAACGGCUACGAUUCCCUGCAGCGGGACAAAGCUGUGUGCAUUAGCACAAACGGGGCAGUAUUUGUAAAUGGAAAAGAAAUGACAAACCAGCUGCCUGCUGUCACUUCUGGAUCGACAGUGACCUUUGACAUGGAGGCGGUGCAGUUAGGGCCUUCCAGCAGCGAGGGCGGAAACUUCAAGCUCAGAGUAACCAUUAGCUCUAACAACAGGGAAGUCGUCUUCGACUGGGUACUCGACCAGUGCUGCGGUUCUCUCUAUUUUGGAUGUUCGUUCUCAUACCCAGGCUGGAAGGUCUUAGUGUUCUAGCAGCUCAAGGAAGUGAAGGGAUUCUUGUUCUUGGUAUAAAGUAAUAUUAAAGUCUGGGGUUCCAGCUGUUUGAUACGAACAAUCUGUUAACAAAAACCUGUCUCUAUAUUACUUGAACUCCACUAUAUUUUACUUUCUACUGGAUUCAUGUGAAAAGAAGUCAUUGUGAAAUUUCAUCUAUUACUCUGGAAAAAGUUAAGCAGGCAUUUGCUUAGGCAAAUUAAUUUAAACAGUCCAUAAAGACUUUUUACUUUUUUUUUUUUUUUUCCCUAGACUUGAUUUUUAUCAGUAUUUCAUUGUACUCUAGUCUCAGGGUACACUUGUGUGGAAUUACCUUUGCUUAAUGCUGCUGUUCUGUGAAAUACGCCUGUAACUUUGGGAGGGGGGAGUUAGA